AUGGCGCUCGGGGCGCGCGCGACGAGCGCGUCUCGCGUCGUCGGCGACGCGGCGCGCGCCGUGGCGGAUCACUCGUCGUUCAUCCUCGCGCCCUCGCGGUGCCGCGGGUGCACCGACGCCGGACACGCGUCUCGAAGGUUCGCCUCGUCGACCGCGUCGUCCUCAUCCUCAUCCUCAUCCUCAUCCUCGUCGCCGCCCCGUCGAGGAUGGGGCGACGACGACGACCGCGGGACGGCCCUCGGGUUCGACCAUCCCCCGCCCGUGCGCGCGCCCAGGCGCGUCGUCGUCACCGGCAUCGGUCUGGCGACGCCGCUCGGCGUGGGGACGUCGCUGGUGUGGGAGCGGCUGCUCGCGGGACGGUCGGGCAUCCGCGAACUCACCCCGGACGACAUCCCCGAGGGCGAGCGCGGGUACGAGCAGAUGCCGAUCCGCAUCGGCGCGCGCGUGCCCCGCGUCGGAGGACGCCGCGACGAACCGAACGCCGACGCCGACGCCGGCGCGUUCGACGCGACGAGGUGGUGCGGGGGCGACGUGUUCGGCGUCGCGUCGGCGUCGCAUUCGUCGCCCUCUCGAACCGACGCCGCGCGCCCCGCCGUCGGGGGAGGACCCAGGAUCGCGCCGUUCACCGGUCUCGCGCUCGCGGCGGCGCACGAGGCCCUUCAGGACGCGCGAUGGGACCCGUCCGCGACCGGCGCGACGCGUCCCGACCGGUGCGGCGUGUUCAUCGGCGCCGGGAUGGGCCACGUCCCGGACCUCACCAACGCGGGCGCUCUGCUCGAGCGGGGUAAGCUGCGACGCGUGUCGCCGUUCUUCGUGCCGAGGAUCCUGUGCAACAUGGCGGCGGGACACGUCAGCAUGGCGCACGGGUUCACGGGAAUGAACCACGCCGUCGCCACCGCGUGCGCCUCGGGGGCGCACGCGAUCGGCGACGCCUAUAGAGCCGUCGCUCGAGGCGACGUCGACCUCGUGCUCGCCGGCGGCGCCGAGUCAGCCAUCGACGCCGUGUCCUUCGCCGGUUUCGCCCGCGCCAGGGCGCUCGCGGACCCGGCCAAGUUCCCACCGAACCUCGCGGUCGAUCCCGCCGCCGUCUGCCGGCCGUUCGACGCUCGCAGGGGCGGGUUCGUCAUGGGCGAGGGCUCCGGCGUAUUGGUGCUCGAGAGUCUCGAGAGCGCGAUCGCGCGGGGCGUCGCGCCGUACGCGGAGGUUCGCGGGUACGGCUGCGCCGCGGACGCGCACCACAUCACGCAGCCGCCGAGGGACGGGGACGGCGCGGCGCUCGCGAUGUUAAACGCUUUGGCCGACGGAGGUAUCGAACCCGGGUGCGUGGGAUACGUCAACGCGCACGCCACCGGCACGACUACGGGCGACGCCGCCGAGGCCAAAGCGCUUAGUCGCGUCUUUGGGAAGGCGCUCGCGACGGGGACGACGCGGGUGUCGUCGACGAAGGGCGCGACGGGGCACCUGCUGGGCGCCGCGGGCGCGGUCGAGGCGGCGUUCGCGGUGCUUUCCAUUGCUUCCGGAGAUUGUCCGCCGACGCUCAACCUGGACGACCCGUGCGGGGAGUGCGUGCCGGACGGGGCGGAUUUCGUGGCGCGCGUCGCGGCGCGGGGAGCGCGUCCGCGCGCGGCGAUGAGCAACAGCUUCGGGUUCGGGGGGACCAACGCGUCGCUCGUCUUCGCCGCGCCGCCCAGACUUCGCGGGUGACGUUCGUAGGUUACGCUUUUAGUCGCACAAAUUAGAAGAGAGAGGAAAUC